AUGCCGCCAAAUCGAUUCAAGCGAAAAAUUAUUCAAGAUGAAAGCUGCGAAACAGAAGAACAAGAAGAAGCGUCAAUCAAUUCAAUUCUACCUCCUUCUGCUCCAUCACACAAAAAUUCAUACAAGUUGGAGGAUUGUCUUUUUAAUCAAUUAAUUAUUAUUAAAUUAGGAGAGGAAUAUUUUGUUCAUCGGGAUUUAAUUGCCAUUUGUUUGAACAAGAGAUGUCCUCCAAUGCAUUCUCAUCAGAUAAUUAUUUCAGAGAGUGCUGUGAGGAUUUUAAAUGAGACUGAGUUGGCUGCCUUUAUCAAGUUAAUGUCGGAACAAGUCUAUGAAAAAUCCUUGCUGAGCAAGAGAGGCUUGCAUGAACUUGAAGGUUUGGAUGAGGCAUUGGUUUCUAAUAGUUUGGAUGUUAAACUUUUUAGAUUAAAGUACUUGUUGGAAAAGACGUGGUUCUUGGACUUUUUUAAUAGUAAUUCAAUGAAUGAGGAAAUUGAUCCAACAAUGUUUAGAGCCAUUGUUGAUUUGGAUUUUUCUGAAAUUAUUUGGAAAAGUGAAUCAGAUCAUAUUUAUGAAAGGAGGAGAAAAUUCGUAAAGUAUACUGUUAAAACUGAGAAUGAAUCUAGUGGAACUACUACAACUAGUGGUGGUAACAACACGACUGCAACUACUAGUACAAGUACAACAACAAUAGAAACCAACACCAUUCUCUUUCCAAAUUCUUCCAAAUUAUUGGAACAAAUUCAUCAAUGUGUUAGCAUGUUUGAAAAUUCCAAUAAGGAAACAACAAGUACCUCUCUCGAUAUUUCAUUAGAAAAUAUUCAGAAUUUAUCACUCUCUGUUUCAUCAUCAAAAGAGAUGGAACUUUACGAAAAGAGUUGCAUUCAGGGAUUUAUUAUUCAAUCUUUGAAAAAGCUCAAAAAUACAUGCAUUUACAGAGAGUACACUCCAAAUAGUGAUCAAGCGGAAAAAUUCAAAUGUAUUGCCAUUGCCAAUAUCCACUUAUCAAAUUCUAGUUUGAAACUCUUCAUUACUUCUUCACUGGAAAUGUUUUUCAACGACGAUUUACCAAACUCUUUAUUUGGUAAUUUGAAAAACUUUGACUCUCUCAAAAGCGUUUACAAAGAUGACUUGAUGGAUUUGAUUUCUUUCCAAAAAAUAGAAAAGUAA